AUCUAACAUGAUGGAACAAUGGCCAAUAAUUUUUUAAAAGUGUUGUUGGUGGUACAUUUCAUUGUUGUCCUACGUUCUACGCUCUGCAACAAUAUCGCUUUAUGUACGCAAGAAUCCGCUUCAGAAUUGAUUAAUAAAACAAACUCAAUUCCACUAGAAUAUAUAUCUGGAACAGGAUAUGCUAUAUCUGUUAAAGUAGGCAGUCAACCCCUAUUGUUGGCUCUAAAUUCCACAGUAUGUGGUAUUGUUCUCUUUGAGGACACUAAACAGAUAUGUUUUCACGACGAUUCAAAGCCGUGUUAUAUUCCGAGUGCUUCUACUACCGCAUCUUGGUGCAAUAAUAACACCGUAUGUGUUCCAGGAACAAACAAAUUUUCUUGUGUAACAGUAGCUUCUCCGGACUCUAUAAAAGAUGUCACACCAAUAUAUUUUCACAGUAACGGAUUUAAGUAUGAAUUGCGCACAUUGGAAGGGUUUGAAAAUAUCUCACUGAAGAUAGACCACAAAGAAGGUGGCUAUGACGCCGAAAAAAUCCCGGUGAAACUAGCCAGAACCAUAAAUGUUGGCGAUUAUCCACGCAUACUUAAGAAUGUAGAUGGAAUCUUUGGUCUGGCAGGACUUGAUAUUUGCUGCCGUGGAAAAUCCUUAUGGAACAAUAUUUUAAAUGAUUAUGAAGGAUAUUUUGUAGUUGAUAUCAAUAAGCCUGAUUAUAACAACCCUCAAAGCAAAAUUUACUUGGGACUUGAUAAACUUAGAGACUCCGAAAUAGCUUGGUCGGAGAAGAGACAAUUUGGUGGUAUUUAUAAUAAUGCAUACUUACAAUUUACAAUGUAUAAUUUUACAAUGUGUGGUGUGAACCUGUUCGGGAAAGUAUCUUCGAAUUGGGAAGCUAUCAUAGAUUUAAGUUCGGAGUCUCUUGUUGUUCCGAAAAAUUUUUGGAUCACUAUAAUGACAUAUUUGCCUGUUGACCCUUCUUGCUUUACCCAAGAUAAUAAACCCAAAUAUUGUACGCUAAAAAAGGAUUCAUCAGGUGACUUUCCGCUUCUCCAGUUUAAACUAAAGGAAGACUACCAUGUAAAUUUUGACAAAGUGACAAAUCCAACUAUAACUAUUCCACUGGAGAACUUGUUGAUAGAUGAUGGUGAAUCUUGGAAAAUUUGCAUACUUCCAGACGAAAUCUCUGAGCCAUCCCCCUACACUAUUUCUCCAACAAUAAAAAUUGGAUAUAAAGUUUUGGAAUCUCUAAACAUAGCGAUUGACACAAAAGGAAAUAGGAUAGGACUAAUUAACAAAAACCAGAUAGAUGGAACCUCCAGCAAAUGCACAAAAAAAAUAAGCUGUGUAGGAGAUCAGGUCUAUGAACCAGCACUGAAUGUUUGUGUCGACCCGUAUUGUAAUGUUUGGCUUAUGAAACGGUUAAACAAAGAGACUGGGUAA